UUUUUUCUCUACCUAACACGCUCGUCCCUAUGGCUGUACCUGUCGCUUGCGAUCGGGUACUUGGAAGACCAAACGUUCAACAGAAGGAAUGCAACAUAUAGAGAAACAAAGUAACUACCCCGCCCACGUUAACGGAUGCCCCUCUAAACGGCGUUUCCGUGCCGGGCUGGAUGGGGGAAUGAUCGCCAUGGGCGUGCCUCCACCAGUGCAUGAGGGGAUCUCCAGGGGGUUAGGUAUAAACGGCACUAGGGGCCAUAGGUAG